AUGGCUUCAUGGCCAGCACAGGCGAAUGGGAUCCCCAAGAUCGUGACCUCCAAACCUCCUGCGGUUGACUCCGAGUCUCAGCCAUCAGCCGCAUCCUCUGAUGUCAACUUAGUACCUGCAACGGCUAUUGAACAUGUCCAGACUACAUACCUCAACGAGGAUGAGUGGAGGGGACCUUUGACAUUGGAGCAAUAUCUCGAGCGGGAGGGCGUUCUUCAGUCUUUGGACUUGUCAAGAGAUGGCCGCAUUACCGGCUGGAUCCUCACCUCCGAGACUCUUCCCCAGAAUCAAGACAUGUCAAGACCUAUACUUUCCUCCUGCGAGACGUACCUUGUCCAUGGUUACGUGGCCAGGGACGGCCAUGUAAAGAAAGUGCAAGCACAUGGCAUAGCCUCCGUUCACACACGACCCGAGCAUCGUGGCAAAGGCUAUGCUGGCAGGAUGAUGGCAGACUUGGGACACAGACUCGAAACCUGGCAAAGACCCCAUGGCACGAACAAUCCAUUUUCUGUGCUGUGGAGCGACAUUGGCACACAAUUCUACGCAAAACAUGGCUGGAAAGUCUUUCCCAGUAACCACAUCCAUCUGACUCCAUUGGAACGGGCUGGUUAUGAAGCCGCAAGAAGGUCGCUGCCAGCCGUUAAUGACCUCUGUGUGGCAGACUUGCGGGAUAUACCGACGAUAGACUAUAUCGAGCAGCGGUUGCAGCGGUUGUCCGAUUCAGAGCCCGGCAUCACCCACGUUGCCAUCCGUCCUGAUCUGGAGCAUUUCCAAUGGCAUUUUGGUCGGGAAGAUUACAUCCACCAGGCACUUGGGAAAGCCCAGCCUCAAAUCAAAGGCGCCAUAAAUCGAGACACUGGCAUAGCCUUGAUAUGGCACCGAGUGUAUGCUGCAAACCCGAAAGAUUGGCGCCUUAACAUCCUCCACGCCGUCGUGCCUCCCUCCGUGGAGACUUCAAAGGAUGCCCAAGCCGUAUUGGCAGCACUCCUGUUAAGAGCGCAGCUUGAAGCACAUGCCUGGGAGCUGGCGGGUGGUGUCGAGGUCUGGGAUCCUUCUGACCUGGUGAUUGCGGCCGCCCAGGCCUUGAGAAAGGAAGAGCAAGGGAAAGUCGAAGUCAUUACACGAGACAAGAACAAUAUCCCCAGUCUCCGCUGGGCUGCUGGUGGAGACGAAGAACUUCGUUGGGUGGCUAAUGAGCAAUACGCCUGGUGUUGA